UUUUGAUUUGGCAGUAUGCCCAGCUAUUAAGAUAUCUUGAAUCUCAAACUGAAAUUCUUCAAUUUUAUAUUCAUAUGCCCUUCAUUUCGUCCUUGUACGGUUUGGACUAUAAAUGAGAAAUUAGCUGAGCAUGGUUUAUCUGGGGUUUCAAAGAAAAUGGAGAAACAAGCAGCUGUAGAAGGAUGUUUCGGUGAUGGACUAGAAAAUGAUUAUGAUGCUGUUGUUGUGGGGUCUGGAUAUGGUGGUUCUGUUGCUGCUUGCCGCUUGUCUUUGGCAGGCGUAAGAGUAUGUCUGAUUGAGAAGGGCCGGAAAUGGGAGUCUCAGGAUUUUCCAACUGAUGUCUCCAAAAUGUUGUCGGCUUUUAGAAUGGAGAACCAGAACUUAGGCUUUAGCUUUGGACCAAAAGAUGCUUUAUUCCAGGUAUACGAGCAAAAUGAUUCUCUAGCAGCUGUUUCUUGUGGGCUUGGUGGAGGCUCAUUAGUUAAUGCAGGAGUUAUGAUACCAACACCAGUCCGGGCUAGACGGCAUCCACGAUGGCCAAAGGAAUGGGAAAGGAAUUGGGACAAUUGUGAAGCUUCUGCAGCUGCCAUGCUGAAAAUACAAAGUGUGCCUGUCAAGUUUCCUUCUGCGAAAAUCUUAGGAGAUGUUGCAUAUGGGGAGCUUGGAGAAACUCUUGAAACGUCAGUGAAGCUGAGUGUGAAUUUUGAUAUUGAAGAACCAAUAACCAAGGGUAUAAAGCCUCCACAGUUGAGUAGCUGCUUAGCAUGUGGGAACUGUCUCUCUGGAUGUCCUUAUAAUGCCAAAACUUCUACAGACAAAAACUAUAUACUUUCAGCAAUCCAGGGAGGAUGCAUUGUUAAAACAGAAUGUCAAGUGAAGUAUAUAGUGAGGAAUAUGUAUGUAAAUUCCCCAUGUGAAAGAAAUAUUGGCAAAAUAAAUAGAAGAUGGCGUGUUUACUUUGAUGAGAUUGACUAUAUAACUUCUGAUUUUGUAAUCCUAUCAGCUGGAGUUUUUGGCACAACUGAGAUACUCUUCCAAUCCCAGAUGAGAGGACUGAAACUUUCAGAAGCACUUGGAUCUGGUUUCAGCUGUAAUGGGAAUACCGUGGCUUGUCUUGCUGGAAGUCCGGCACCAUUAGGUGCUUAUGGAUUAGACAGAAAGCAAUUGUCUGAGACUCCUUUUGAGGAAAGGCCAGGGCCAUCAAUCUCUUCGUCUUACACCUCUUCACUGGGAUUUACAAUCCAGAGUGCUGUACUUCCGACAGCUUAUCCAUACCUACUGUUCAAAGGGAUUACGACGUAUGGAUGGCCUACUGGAUACUGGUUCUUUCAUGGAGUUAUAGACAAAAUAAAACAUAUGAUAUGUUUCAAAGCAUGCCAAGCAAUGGUCCUUAUAGCACUGGGACAUGAUGAGGGUGAUGGUAAGAUCACAUUAGAUAAGGGAACAAACAAAUUCUGCUUCACUCCACCUCAUGAUCCCCUGCUCCCACAGAAAAUUAGAGCUUUUCAGAAGCUGACUAAAAAAUUAGGAGGAAUUCUCUUCAUGGCGAAAUACCGAAGUGCGUCAGUUCAUCAUUUAGGAGGGUGCAUCGCAUCAUCAGAUCCUUCACAUGGUGUUUGCAACCCUGACGGGCAGGUUUUUGACCCAAAGUCACCUGUCACAGUGCACCCCGGCCUGUAUGUCUGUGAUGCUUCUUUGAUUCCAUGUUCUGUUGGCAUAAACCCAUCUCUUACUAUUGCUACUGUUGCUGAACAUGUAAGUAGGAACCUUGUGCAGGAUAUUCUCAUGUACAAGAGCAGAGAAGGCCAUGAAUCUGUUCUUAAAGUUCCUAAUAAAGAUACAAAAUCCUUCAUUGAUAGGAAGGCUAUUAAUUGCGGGAGAUCAUUGGUCACCAUUAAAGAAACCAUGAGAGGUUAUAUUGGUGGUAUGCCAUGCACAGCUUAUCUCAUAAUGAAGAUGAACUCUCAGGACCAGACGGGCUCUGCUAAAUGGAAGUUGGGCACCGGAGAAUCUCAUCCUCUUUUAAAGGGGAAAGUUGGAGGGUGUGUAGAAAUGAAAGCUUUUGAGAAGGAUAAGUUACAUGUCCUUGAUGGGAAUGUAAACUUGUGUGCAGUAGAUGACAGAACUCCUUACACACAGUAUAUGCAUUACCACCUUCUUCUUGCAGCUUCUACUGGUGCAAGAUAUAUUCUUGAGGGAAGAAAGAUAAUGAACCCUUAUCUCUUUCCUGUAUUUGCUUGGAGGGAAAUGACAACACUGCAUGUGAAAUUUGCGGAAGUUUCUGAGAAAAUCUCAAAGGAUGAGAAGAUGAUUUUAAAAGGGGAGCUUAGUGUUUCCAUGAUCGAGCUUCUUAAGAGUACUAUAAGCCUUGAAGGUAACAAUAGAGGAAGGUUCAUACGCCUCUUAUUAGGGUCCCUCUUAAGAACCUAUUUCUUGCAGAUACCUCGAGGGAACCACAAGGAUUUGAAUCUGUCAGUUUAUCACAUGAAGUCUUAUCCAAGCUGCACUUUUCAUGAAAUAAAAACUGAAGAUGGAUUCAUUAUUAGUUGCAUGCAAUGGAAACCCCACCAUGUUUUGUCAAAACUCAAACAAGAUGAACAACAAAAUCCAGUUCUGCUUCUUAAUGGAUAUUCUACUGAGAGUUACUGGCUGCCGACAGAACCCAAUGACUUAGUAAGAUCUUUACUCGAAGAAGGGCAUGAUACAUGGCUUCUACAACCACGAUUGCAUCCUUUAAAUCCUUCAAACAACUUUUCCAUUGAAGAUGUUGCACGAUAUGAUAUCCCUGCUGCAAUAAAUAAGAUCCUUGAACUUCAUGGACCAACUGCAAAGGUGCAUGUAGUAGCACAUUGUGUUGGAGGGUUAGCCAUACACAUGGCUGUCAUGGGAGGUCAUGUAUCUGCAACCCAUGUAGCUUCUCUGUCUUGCACUAACUCUUCAAUGUUCUUCAACCUUAAUGCUUUCUCCAGAGUUAAAAUGUGGCUUCCUCUGAUCCCAAUAACAAUGUUCAUACUUGGAGCAGACAAAAUAGUUCCUCUUUUGGAUGCAUCAAAGCUCAGUUUGCGGCACCACCUCCUGAGACUUAUAGCUCGCUUCAUACCCCGGUAUGAGAGGUGCACCUGCACUGAAUGUGAAGUUUUCUCUGGCAUGUUCGGAAACACCUUCUGGCAUGAAAAUAUUACCCCCACCAUGCAUCAGUGGUUGAACAAGCAAAGCUCAACAAGGCUCCCCAUGUCGGCAUUUCCCCACCUCAGGAAAAUAUGCAACUCUGGUUUUAUUGUCGACAGCAAUGGUUGCAACUCAUACCUGAUCCAUCCAGAAAGAAUGGCACUCCCAACCCUAUAUAUAUCGGGUGGACGAUCUCUCCUUGUGACUCCUCAAACUUCUUUCCUAGCUCAUAAAUAUAUGAAGCUGCACCAGCCUGGCUUUAGACAUGAAAGGGUGGUUGUAGAGGGGUUCGGGCAUUCAGAUCUAUUGAUCGGAGAAGAGUCUCUUAAGAAGGUGUUUCCUCACAUUUUAUCACAUAUUAGAUUAGCAGAAGAAGGAAAUAUUCAUACCAAGAGAAACAGGUGCAGUAAAGAAUCAUUGGAUUGGGAAGCUGAUCAACACUAUGAAGGCAGCUUUGGAGAAUGGGGAACUUGGUUUUCUCCUUUUGUCAUUGUUUCAUUGUUUCUAAUGAUGAUUUCUUUGCUACUGAUAUUGGUUUUAUGAUUUGGUCGCAAACAGUACAAAGUGUCCCUUGGUGGGUAAUGUACGAAUCUCAAUUUCUGAAUAAAUGUCAAUUCUAGUGGUCAUUGUAAA